AUCCUGGUUAAGAGGGCCAAACAGAUCAGUUGAAACGGUCAGGCGGUCGGUCAGGCGUCGUGAAAUCCACGAAGAUCUUUUUAAUUAGUUCAACGUUACUAUGCUGUUUUGUUAAGAUUCCACCUAAUUUCAACAAAAGGUAUCGAAAUAUUAGUUUCUCACCGCGGCCAUUACUGAUCAUCAACGAGAGUUUCAAGAGUGAAAAACAAAGUGAAGAGAUAUUUCCAAUCAUCAAAUGGCCACUGAUGUCGUCAAGAAGCAAUCAGCUAAAGGAUGAAAUUCUUAAUCAGAUUGCAGAGCAGAUAAAGGGAUUACAGCUUGGACAUCAAACAGCCUUAGAUGACGGUAAAACUGACUUUCAGGUCACUGCGAACAAUAUUCACCUACAAUGCUUGUUGGACCUCUUAGAUCACUUUCUACUUCAUGGGUUGGAGAAAACUGAAUUUGGUUACUGGCCAUUUGUGAAAGAGCUCACCCACUCAGAAACAGUAAGACAGAUUGUCAGCCACCCUCAAGUAACUACUGAGUUAGAUAAAGGUCGAGUGUGGAUUUUCGCAGCAUUUGGUGAUGGCCUUUUGGAGAGCUAUAUCAGAUUAUUUGUAGAUAGUCAAAAGUUGGCAAAAAGGUUUUAUACAAAAAAAGCAUUUGUGCGAGAUAAGGAGAGACUUGCUUUAUUGCAGACUUUAGUCUCAGGUCUUGAUUAUAUCUCAAUUGUCUUGGACCAGGAAUCUCCUUAUCUUGGUUAUGGAACUCAGUAUUGUGAAGUGGAUGGCAAGUGUCAGAGGACACUUGUAACAAUGGGUAAAGAUGCUGAGGGAGUUGGCAUCAGUUCAGGCAUCAAAAGGGAUGACAACAAUAGCACAGUUAGCAGCAGCUUAUCAAGCUCAUCAACAAUAGCUACACCACUGAGUCCAAGGAGUUAUCAUUCUAGUGGAUUAAAUGAAAUCGAUGGGGAAGAAAAUGAAAAUGUAUCUGACCAAAAAGUACAUGUCCAACAGACUGAUCAGCACGAGACUCAGUUUUGUGACCAGUCUGGCAAUGAAGGUCAUAAACAAGAAACUACUUCCAGGCUCCACUAUAACAAACACUUUCAAAUACAGCAGUUUACAGAAGAUAGGGAUGUGGGGUUUGAACUAAUAGAUAACAGAAACAAAAAGCAAAUGACACAAAGAAUAGAUCAAUUGGUAGAUGCAGAACAGAACAAAGGAAAAAAUUACCUAGAGGUGCAGCAUGUUUCAUCUGGUCACAACCAUAUGCAUAAAUGGCCACCAGAUGUGCCCUCUGUAGGUUGUGAAGAUGCUCCUGAAGAACUGUCCUGUGAAGAAGACUUACUGCACAUGUCAAGAUUUCAGAGGUCACAAGAUAGCCACUCAAGUUGUAGCCCAACCAACAGUGUACAUUCAACAGAUUCUAUGGACCAGUUUUGUAGAGACUUUGACUCUAGUUUAAAAGUUACCAGUGAAAUGUCCCUAAACAGUGCCACUCUUCAGUUGUGUGAUAAUACUGCUGGUGGACAGCCAGACUCCUAUGAUGCAGAAAAAAAUUCAACGCAUGGAGUUUUCAGUGAUGAUGGCCUGCAAACUGUAACAGCAGCAGAAACUGAAAAACGAUUAUCAGAAGCUGAUAAUUCACCUAGUUAUGAAGGGAUAAUAUUAGGCAUUCCAAAACGACCCUCACUGCACCAGACCCCAACAACAUCUUGUGAUGUAAGGGUGGAUCAGAAUAGGAUGCUGCUAUUGUCGUUGGAAGUGUUUGAGAAGAACAGUGAGCAGUUUCACAGGAUGCUGGUGUGUAUGUGUGGACUCCCUGGUAGUCGGUUGUAUUUUAUUAACCUCCUCCUCACGGAUCAUGCGGUUUAUCUUCUAAGCAAAGCACCAUCCCACAAUGGAAAGGGCUUUCAAGUUCAAUCAGCAUUACCAUUUACAACUUUGAAGAAAGUAGAGGUUGGUCUGAACUGUCAAACAGUUACUCUGGUAUCCAAAUCUCGAAAAAUUUUCUUAUUUAUAGCAGAUGAGGCUGUUACAAGGGAUUUUCUUGCAUCAUUGACCAGUAUGAUACUCAAAUCAGGCCAUGGAUCCCUGCUCACAAAGAUUAUUUCUACUUCCUCAUUUGAGCAAGAAGUUACAUUAAAGAAGUGGAUCUGUGAACUUGAAAACCUCCAGUCGUCCAGUGUGGACAUCAGGUGUUUUACUUUUAUUCACUGGUGUGGACUAACCGGACCGGAUUCCAGCAUUGAAGUUCUCAGUCACAAAAGCGUUAAGGAAGGUUACAUGGACUGUAAGCAAGCACAGUAUUUAAGAUCCUACAAAUGGACCACCAGCUAUUUUGUGUUAAUGAAUGGAUCCCUGUAUCAAUAUGUGAAGAAGGGUGAUGAAGAAUGUAAAGUUAUUGUAGAGCUGAGAGGAUCCCGAUGUGGAGGUUGCCGAAGAGUUGAUGAUGCUGACCGCCCUUAUGCCUUUGAGGUUGUAUCAGAGGAUGGCUCAUCCCUACUUGUCCUUGCAGCCUAUAGCGAGGAUGAAUCUGCUGAUUGGAUAUUUAGGAUUUGUCAAGCUACUGCUGAUACGUCUGAAAGCGUUGAGGAAAUGAGCCCUACAGUUAUGAAAUGCGUGCCUUCUUGUCUUAUCCUCACUAAUGUCAAAAUUUUGGCGUGUCUCCCUAAUCCAACUAGAGAGGAAACGUUUCAGCUGCUUAGUGAAUGUUCUGUACAAAGUGUGACAAGGCUAUUUGUGGACAAUGAUGUCAGGAACUAUUGUAUUUUGGAGUUCGAACACAGUGAAAUCACCUCUACAGAGUCCUCUUGGUUUAUUUGGUUUAAAACGGAGUAUGAACUAGCAAAGUUUGAACGUGCUCUGCUGGAAGCUUGGCGGGAGCUCUUCCAGAUUGAUCUUCAGUUUCUUGUCUUGGGUGAAGGAUUCAUUCGCGAAAAAGCAAGACAAUUAGCAAACAACAUUGAAGAUUUGUAUAAAACCCAACUUGCUUAGCUUUGCUUCCAUGUAGUCUUUCUGAACUGUAGUCCGUUAAUAUAAUGUACAUUAGUAUUCGGUGUUUGUGCCAACUGCUAGCGUUAUUAUACCGGAGUUUCAUUACGAAUGACUCUAGCUACGUGUAGACUGUAGCCUAUGAUUACUUUCAGUAGUUACAACCUUUUGGAUUUUUCCAUAAUAUGAAAGGUGGUUUUACUGAGAACAGUAACAUUUUUUUCUUACAUUUUCUCCUUUUUUCCCCAAUGUCAGAAAUUUGUAAAUGGCAUAGUUACAGCGCAUAACGGACGAAACAAUUGUUGGCAAUUUUUAUCAGUGACCCACGAUUUCCGUGAUAAAUACUAUUCAAGCGCGAAAAAAAAAAGAAAAAAAAAAAAAAAAGAAAAAAAAAAAAAACCACAAGAAUCAGACAUACAAAACCUUUUGCAGGUUUGACAACAUUGUUUGAUUAUUUUAAAAGGCCAUAAUUGGCAGACCUGUUUUAUAUGUAAUGCAGGUAGACUUUGUUAUAGUAAAAUUGUGAUGGGUGCCGUUAUUUCAAUCAAAAAAAUUGUAGUCAAAUGGAAUAAAUGAAAUCAUUGAAGUUGA